AUGAAUCAAGAAGAUUCUGGGAGCACAGGGUCAUGUGGCAGAUCCCAAGGGGUCACUGAGCAGAAGGCUGACAUCGCCUACACAAGGAAUAAUGAGCCCAAGGGCAGUCAAAAUACCAGGAAACCCAAAACAUCAUUCUCUGCAGCAGAGCAGCACUUCUCCAUGUCUAGUAGUAUACUCCAAACUAGCAAAGAGGAUGUGGAGUCCAAAAGUGACAAAGAAGUACAGAUCAUCAUCUCUGAUGAAGAGCAGUGUGAGGCAGAUGAAGACAGCCAAGGAGACAUAAUCAGCCAGGAUGUGUCAGAGCCAUCUGCUAAGGAGUUGCAGAUGCACCACUGCCAGAAGAUGGCAUUGCCAACAGCCUCCCAAGAAGCUGCCUUUGCCCCCACAGCAAAGCCACCACUAGCCCGUGCCUACAUUCUGCAGGCUCCUGUCAGCAACUCAGAGGACCUGAGCAGGAACAUAAUAAGGUUGUCUUCUUCCACUCCUGCAGGGCCCAGGGCUGAAACUUCCGGAGCAAGGAGCCUCCUGGGAUCAGCAGCGCCAAAGGUAUGUUUAAAACGCCUUCCUGUCCCCAGCACUGAAGCCAAGGCUCAGCUUGAAUCACAGCCCUCAGUGAUGUUCUUUGAGCUCCAAGCCACUGCUGCUGUUCAGCAACAUCUCCAGCUGAGCCCUCUGGAGCGUGGCAUAUCGGGAACAGGCUCCAGUGGGGACAGUGCUGAGAUCUUGGAUGAGGACAGCGAGACAUCAGGAUCCAGGCAGAGACCUUGUUGUUCUUCAGCCUUCCAGAGUCCAGAGAGCCAUCCACCUGCAGCCUCAAAUGGAGAUGUGCUGAAGAAGCAGGAGAGAAAAAAAAGCUAUAGCACUGUAGACAUUAAAGUGUUUGAAGAGUGGCUGAAGUUGCACCACCCCUCCGAGACACGCAAGAUCCACAUGCUGCCACCUGCAGACCUUGACCACUACUUGGUCUUGUUCUUCAGCUCUGCCAAGAAACAAAAUGGCAAGGAUUUUUCUGCCAAUUCCUUAAGCCUUUUCCGGUGCAACAUCAACCGGUACCUCCAGGACCACAACUACCAGUACAGCAUGUUGAGAGGGCCAGAGUUCAAGGCCUCUCAGGAAGCCUAUAAAUUGAAGCAUUGGUACCUGUUUCAAAAGAAGGAGGAAGGGUGGAAUGUUGUGGAGAACCUGACAGAUGAAGAUGUGGAAAACCUUCACAAGAAGGGAAUUUUAAGCAAUACAGACCCUCAUGGCUUGCUGCACCUCAUGUUCAUCAACCUCAUUAGGGGGUUUGGGGCAAACACCCACCACCAGGCCCACCAGCUCUACUGGGGACAGGUGGUGCUGAGGAAGACCAAAGGAGAGGUGGAGUACUUGGAGUGGAAGGAUGAUCCGAUCCCCGGGGAAAAUGAAGGGGAGGUAAGCCUACGGCUCUUUGCCAAGCCUGAGGAUCCAGAGAACUGCCCGGUCGCCAGUUACAAGGAGUAUGCCAAUAAGAGGCCAGCAGACAUGCUGGAAGACAACCACCCUCUUUAUCUGUCUCCCAAGUCACUGUACUCCGUCUGGGACAAAGUGUGGUACAGCAAGAAGGCACUGUCAAAAGCCAAAAUUGAUAAGAUCUUGAAAGUUAUUACCCGGGAAGUCAGAGGAGGAGUGAGGAAGACCAGGACAUAGGGGUGUCCCUUCAGCUUUGCCCCUUCAACCACUCCAAGGCUGCUCUGAAACACAAUCCUACUGAAAUAUUUGGUGUAGGUUGAGAACAAACAUCCUUCUGCUGGGCUUCGCCUUGGCACUGAAGGUACCUACAGAUCUGCAGCGCCUUGGCUUUCAGGGAAGUUCCUUUGUUGUUUUUUCUGUUACUGGAAUUGAUAAUUCAAUGAGUUAAUGAAGGUCUUCAGUUUCACAUUUGCCAAACAAGUUAAUGUUCUACCACACAGUCAAUGCUGUUAGAAACCAUCACUGCUGAUAUAGAGGGGGCUUGGAAGUGGCAGAGCCUGGCCAGGAGCAGCAGCUGCACCCACAUUUUGAGGUUGACACCCCACACAGCUCAGCCUGUGGAGAAGGAUGAGCGACAGGAGAGUGAUGACGCUGCCAAUCCCAACCUCGCAGAAAUGCUUCUGAAAAGGUUCAGGUCAUUUCCCUUUGGGAAAGAUUUGUAGAUUGAAGAAUUUGUAGCUGUUUUAAGAAGUUAUUUGAAGUGUCUGACAAUGCUGAAAGGUUUUAUGGUAAGUGGUUUCCCUGGAGUACAAAACACAACUCCACAAAGGCACUGGGAGGUGUGCUCAGCUCUGCUCAGCUGCCCCAGUGCUGUUACAGCUCAGUCAGGUUUUUGGUUGCAGUGUUGGCAGAGCCAAAUAAAAGAACCUUUAAUUCA